UUCCGGCGCUUGGACCUGAUGGAGCAGCAUUCCCAAUUUUGACGCUGCUAUUCUUCCACCAGUGAGACAGAGCCAAAAGAAGGCUGGUCCUUUCCUGCUGAAAGCUUUGGGGAACUGUUGCUCAGGACGUAGGCACUCCUGACGCAUCUUCUCAGUCUCACUCAUUUCUAUGGCUUCGCUGUGAAAUCACACGCACGUACAUUUGUAGCUCUGUGCUCAGAGGAAGGGUCCAGGGAAACAUCAAGUAUUGGAAAGAGAGGGCUUCGGAGUAUUGCGGGAGCUGUCUGAGGUGCUGAAGCCUUCCAAGCGUUUGUAUCUACCAGCCCCAGAAGGGGUUAGAUGGCACGUUUUCAUAUCUGCCUCUCUGGUCCCUCAUGCCUUGGAUAAGACUCUUUCCAGGAUUGUGAAUAUCGCUCUGUAUCAUGGCCCACGUGAGACACUUUCGGACACUAGUUUCUGGAUUUUACUUCUGGGAAGCCGCACUGCUACUGAGCUUGGUUGCCACGAAGGAGACAAACAGUGCGAGAUCGCGAAGUGCUCCAAUGUCACCUUCCGAUUUUCUGGACAAGCUGAUGGGGAGGACAUCUGGGUAUGAUGCGAGGAUCCGGCCUAACUUCAAAGGUCCUCCAGUGAAUGUCACAUGCAACAUAUUCAUAAACAGCUUUGGCUCCAUUGCAGAAACGACUAUGGAUUACAGAGUGAAUAUUUUUCUUCGUCAGAAAUGGAAUGAUCCUCGUCUUGCAUACAGUGAAUACCCUGAUGAUUCUUUGGACCUGGACCCAUCCAUGUUGGAUUCCAUUUGGAAACCGGACUUGUUCUUUGCUAAUGAGAAGGGGGCUAACUUCCAUGAAGUCACCACAGAUAACAAACUGCUAAGAAUUUUCAAAAAUGGAAAUGUCCUUUACUCAAUAAGGUUAACAUUGACACUGUCCUGUCCGAUGGAUCUCAAGAAUUUCCCAAUGGAUGUACAAACAUGUAUAAUGCAACUAGAAAGCUUUGGGUACACAAUGAAUGAUCUCAUUUUUGAAUGGCAAGAUGAGGCACCAGUACAAGUGGCUGAAGGACUCACUUUGCCUCAGUUUCUGUUGAAAGAAGAAAAAGAUUUGCGAUACUGCACUAAACACUACAAUACAGGAAAGUUUACAUGCAUAGAAGUGCGGUUCCAUCUUGAGCGGCAAAUGGGCUACUACUUGAUCCAGAUGUACAUUCCCAGCCUUCUGAUUGUUAUUCUGUCUUGGGUCUCAUUCUGGAUUAACAUGGAUGCAGCCCCAGCUAGGGUAGCUUUGGGCAUCACCACUGUGCUUACUAUGACCACACAGAGUUCUGGAUCCCGGGCUUCCUUACCAAAGGUAUCAUAUGUCAAAGCUAUUGAUAUUUGGAUGGCAGUGUGCCUCCUUUUUGUGUUCUCAGCACUUCUGGAGUAUGCAGCAGUGAAUUUUGUAUCAAGACAACACAAAGAACUUCUGAGAUUUCGACGAAAGAGAAAGAGUAAGACAGAAGCUUUUGCACUGGAGAAGUUUUACCGUUUCUCAGACACGGAAGAUGAGGUGAGGGAGAGUCGGUUCAGCUUCACAGCUUAUGGAAUGGGGCCAUGUCUACAAGCAAAAGAUGGUGUACUUCCAAAGGGCCCCAACCACGCUGUCCAGGUAAUGCCAAAGAGCCCUGAUGAAAUGAGGAAGGUCUUCAUCGACCGGGCCAAGAAGAUCGACACUGUCUCCCGAGCCUGCUUUCCACUGGCGUUUCUGAUUUUUAACAUUUUCUACUGGGUUAUCUAUAAAAUUCUUAGGCAUGAAGACAUUCAUCAGCAGCAGGAUUAAGUCUCUGAAGGUAUUACAAAAACACUGUAGUCAGAAGGGAACUCCCUUCUGCCUUCAGAGUGGGUGUGUGUGCGUGUGAUAGCCAACGAAUCAAAACAGCACAUGGGGAAAAAGUUUAUUUUGAUUUUUUAUGUAACAUAAUGAGAAAGAUUGGUUCUUUUAGGGGAUACAAAAUACACAUUGUGGGGUCCUGUUUCGUAUUACUGCAAGAUGAUCUGUUUUUUCCAUAGCGUCAAUGUAUGUUGUAUAUGUUAUACUAGCACAUACAGUAAACAUGGUAACUACUUUGGCAUUUCUUGAUUUUUAAUUCAUUUAUAGCAAAUAAUGUGGAAUCAAGAUUUGCACAGUAAAAUUCAUGAAACAAGUAUAACAAAAUGAUGAAGAUAAUAAAAAGUAAUAGUAUAUAGUAUAUUUAAAAGUGAAAGUAACAAAAUCAUUCAGUGGCAAGUUCACUUCAGUUAGAACAUUAUCCAUAGGAAUAUUGUAUAAACAAUAUACAGUAACAAAAUAUUAAUUGGAUGAUCAAAAUAAAAGCCACUGUUUAGGAUAUUAAAUAUGUCUCUGUGGAAAUUUAAAAUAAACUGCUUAAGCAAUCAUGUUAUAUAAAAAUUCUAUGUAUCUUUGCAUCUCUAAGAAUGAAGAUAAAGAUACUGAAGACAGGCUUUGUUUGUAAAUAAGUGUUACAGUUAUUUUUAAUUAGUGCCAAACACAGUUUGUUGUUGUUGAUGUUGUUGUUGUUGUUAAAUUUAAUAGUGACUUGUCUGGAUGUUUGGUGAUUUCAUGUAAUUAAACAAAAUUCAAUAAGAUUUUUCUAUUUAGUUUAGAAUGAGACUUUAAAUAUUAAUUAUACUAAAGUACUUACAUUUUGAUAUAAACAAAUUCAAGAAAAGUAAAAAUAGAUUCAUGGAAGAAUUUUAAUAAGAACCAUUUUCUCAUGAAAAUUACAUGCGCCCCAAAUACCAUGGGUGUUAAUCCUAAAUGAGUGAAACUGUAUCCAGAAAGAUUGCUUUAAUCUUUAUGAGCUAAUGAAUUCAAAAUAUAGUCAUUCACAAGUUGUGAGGAAUGUAAAAACAAUUUUGCUUGGAAUUUAUCCUUGGCCCAUGGCAUUAUCUCAGCUGCUGUGCCCUAGUCUUUCAAUCACACAGCAGCUACUACAACAAAGUAUGUAACAGAAUUCUUGGCAAAAUGAAUCCAAGCUCUGAUUCAUUCACUCAUUUUUCUUAAUUAUGAUUGCCAUUCAUAGCAUAUUUGAAAAACUUUUAGAGUGAUUUUAGAUAUUUUAAUUGUUGAUUAGUCUAUAAAAUUAUAUAAAGUGAAAACAUCAAGAAAUUUAAAAAUCUCACAUGCGUUGUGGAAAAAUCAACUGUUUUUUAACCAAAUGGUACUAUUUUCUGACCUUCAACCACUCUGAAAACUCACAGCAGAAACUGCCAUCUAAAACUAAGAACUUUUCAAUGUCUCUGUAAUUUAGUAAACCUAACCAUAGAUUUUAAAACCAACUUUUUAAAAAAUAAUUCAUGCUAGGCAGUGUCUGCUGAUAAAAGACAAAAUAUCACUUUUAUAAGUAAUUUACACAAGGUAAGAACAUUGCGUUUGUGAUUAUAUGCAGUCAACAAGUGAAAUAAUUUGUUAUUGUGUGCUUCCUUUGCUUAAAAAUUACACACCUAAAAGUUAAACAUACACAUCAUCCUUUGCCAUCUAUGACCCCACACCAUAGAAAUAUAUUCAUGUAUUAAAUAUUAGAACAAGAUAUGCUGUUUAUGCUGAGAGUUAGCCAGAGGGUUUGUAGUAAUGAUGAACUAUACCCCUUCAGAGUCGGCAAAAUGCUUGGAUACAUUUUUCUGUGUUUUAUAUGCUUUAUAUAUAUUAUUUCAAAAGUUUUCUGACGUUACUUAAAUUGAGUUAAACCUUCCAGAAGCAAACAGAAAAAAAUAAUGAUCACAAACACACAUAUGCCCCAAAGAAAACCACAGGUGCUUGCAAUAUUUGAGGUCAUUAUAUGUCUGUUGUUUUUUUUUUUUUUUUAAUCUCUAAAGUUGGAAAGUAAUAUAUGAACCAUGAGAAAAUUUGUCAAGAAUGACAUUAGUUCUAUAAAAAUAUUACUAUCUCAAAAGUACAUUUUCUUUAUCUUUCCUUAUAAGUAAUUCUUUCUAUUACACUUACCCUGCAUUCCAACACAAAUACUGUAAACAGCCUUCUCUUAUGAGGUAAUCCUUACAAGGCAAACAGGGAUGAAUCAAAGGGGCUUAAAGGAAUGUAUACCCUGUAAUGAACCAAUGAGAUAAUACAGAACCUUUACAACUGGAAUAAUAACAACAUCCUGAAGUAUUUGCCUCAAAAGGCCUGUGUUUCAAAUGAGACUUUUUUUCCUUAGUACUGGAGAUUGGAACCAGAGUCUGUCAAAUGUUAAGGAAAAAAUUCCUAAGCCAAUAACCCGAGUCCAAAACCAGAAUCUUUUAAAUGAAAAUCAGAAAAAUAUCAAUGGUAAGAAAUAAUUUAAAUACCAUAUACACACUAACUGCCAUUCACUUAAGAUGGAACUCCAGUGGAAACUCUCUAAAAUACCGUGAAUUGGCCAUAUGAGAAGCUAUGAGGAGGUUGUACAUGAUGUUUAUUUUAUUUAAUAUUAAAAUGUAUGCAUUUUAACUUGAAAUAUUUGAUUCCACAGUACAUGCAUUUUUAGGUAAUCUGUUUUCUUUUUAGUGUAGAUAUACACAACUUUUUCUUUUCUAUUUUUCUUUUUUUCCUUCUGGGGUCUAGCCUCGGCUCAGGGUCAGAUCCUGAGAAGGGGUGUUGGUGCAAGGAAAACUUCUGACCUCCAGGUGGAUUGCCCUCAAGUAACCCCGAAAAGCUUAAGCCAUCUUUAAUUAUACUUUGACAGAGUGUUUUUCUACGAGGCUUACUUGAACAGCUUUAUAAUUGGCUCCUAUUUUUGACUUUUAAGAAAUACACAAUGUUUUACGAAAUACAUCAUAGUCAUUACAAAACCUGCCAUUGUUCUCCUUUAUGCUUCCCCAAAUACUUCUCCCCACCCAUACAUAACCUUUCUCUAGACAUAGAGUUCAGCAUUUUUUUUUUCAGGCUUAACUAAAUAUCGAGCCAGACACAUCCUGUUCUCACAGCACUUCUGUCAGCUGGCAUCUACUUGCGGCUACAAAGUUAAAAAGUGAUGGACAUGGGUACAAUGCUUUAAGGACAGCAAUAUUCAAACCCAAACCAUUCUUUUAUGUCUGAAAGAUAUGUUUUUAUACAGCUUCCCUUUCUACAGGAGGGUCCCACAUCUCAAUCUCUCUACAAAAGGCAGACAUUGAUAAAGCACUCUGCCCAUCCCACCAUACUUACUUCUUCCACCAAUAUAAACUCCUAUGUAUGGUAAAGAUGGAUCCAUUCAUCCCCCAUUUUCCAUUGUGUUUGCUUUCCUUUUGGAGCAUAUCAUAUCCUACCAAUGACUCUAUGCUUGGUGUCCAGGGAACUUACUCUCAACAAUUGACACUAUGAAUAUUCCUGAGGCAUUUUUCCUACUUUGUGUGUGCAUGCCUUAUUCUCCUUUCCAGAACUGUAAGGCUUGUUUAAUAUUCCAAGUGUUGUUUUUUCAUAUGUAUCUAUUACUUCCUGCCACUACAGUUCUAUGAGUCUUCUUCUCUACAAGGUGGAUCUAUCUAUCUUUUCCUUAGAAUAAUUAUUCAAAGCAAGACCUAUUAAUUUUAACUGCCUCUAUUGAGUCAAAGGAGUUCCCAGGAUUAGGAGUUGUAAUUAGUAAUUCCAGAUAAAAAAUUUUAAAGUGUUAGCUUCUUGCUGAUACUAAGAAAAAAAUAUUCUAAGGAAAAAAAAAUAAAGAAACAGAAUGUCCAGUGGAAAUGACAGCUACUAUGUGCAUGAUUAACAAAGUAAAACUAAAAAUCACCAAAGGAAUCAACAAUGUGAUAAGAGAAAAAAGAGCCUAUAAUCUGCAUAAAUUCAACAAAGCCUUGUGUGGUCCACUGGUUCCUACAAAGUGAGACAUGAUCUACAUAGGUCUUGCCUCGUGGAGAACCAUUGGACAGGCAUGCAUAUGCCGAUCAAGACUAGGCUACAUGGCUUUUGACACUUUCUCAGUCACUACAAGACCUAGAUCUUUUCUUUAUGACUAUGGUAGCUAUCAGAACCACUGCAGAAAUGGGAAAGAGAUUUUUUUAACACUAUCUCUAUUCUCUCCAGAAGUUUUUCCAUAACAUAUACCCAAAAAGCUAAUCCAGCUCUCAGCUCUACUACACACAGAGAGUAUCAUGAAUGGCUUAAAUAUUUACCUUAUUCCAUAAUAAAUUCUUAUUGUAUAAAUAUAGACUAAUAAACUUAAUUUUAAACUUUGAAUUAUAAAUGCAUACAUGAUCAUAUGCAUUGAUUUUAUGAAUGCCCAGUAUCUAUAUAAGAUAUUGGAAGUUAUAAUGAAAAUUGUAAAAAGUAAACUAUAUUCUUGACAGAAGGUGGUGACUUCUUAGCUACUCUAAUAAUUUUGUAACUAAACAGACUAUUUGGAUAUAAUUAGGUGUAUCUUUCAUGUAGUUUUAAAAUUACAUUAAUCUCAUUUCAUGAAAACAUCGUCUUCUAUUCUCAUUGUGAAAUACCUUAACCUGCUAGUUAAUUGAAAGAAUAGAAUAUAGCCACUAAAUUUCCUUUUAUUUAUAAAAUGUACACUCCAUAAAACUGACCUGUGAGAAUAUGAGAGGUAAGAAAAGUAAAAUAAGAAACAUGUUUAAUAUCAAAAUUUUGAAAAUGGAAGCACUCCAAUGCAAUCCACUCCAAAAUAGAUUUCACACAUUUUACAACGUAGACAACAUUACAAACUCUUUAAAAUUAGCAGCAUAUGCUCUGUCUUUCUCAGACAAAUUGUUCAGUAUCCAUUGAUACUAAAAAGGUAAAGACAAUAAGACAGUUGACAUUUUGAUCAGCAUAUUAGGAACACAUUAGUAUGAUUUCUAACCAUGUGGCAAUUUAAUUUGAAAAUCAACCCAAGGCAAUUGGAAUUAGUGAAAGUACAACCCAUAAACAUAAGAAGUAUUUUACCACAGUGAGGAGAUUGUUAUAGUAGUGAUUGAAAGAACUUUUAACUCAUCUUUGAAAUUGCAAGGCUCUUUGAAUUAAUACCUACCAACUGAGCACAGUUAAAACACAUAUUCCUGGCCUGUUAAUUUGUAUUUUCAAUGAGAUGAUUCUGAUUGUAUUGCCUAUCAACUUUAAGGCUGAGCAAUGAGCUGCUUUACAGGUAUCAAUUUUUUUUUGUUCUGUGGCUUCAACAAGACUGUAAACUUGCAGUAAAAUGCUGGCUUUUGUGCAUUUGGAGAAAGAAUUUAGUUAACAAAACUGCACAAUAUUUUAAAUGUCAAAUUUCAAGUACUGUAAAAAUGGACCCAAGAUUGUCUAGCCUGCACCAAUAAAUCCAUAGAAGUUCCCAAGUGCAGUGUUUUUCUAAUAAUUUUAACAAGACCAUCUUAGUUGAAUAUAUGUGAAUAAUGAAUAGUAUUGACACAAAAAAUUAGAAAUCUGUAAAAAUCUUACAUGUUGAAUAUAACAACUGAGUCAUAAUCUCAUUGAAGCCUUCAGAAUUCAUUACUGCAUUUUCUUUGGGGUCUUACGAUCUAUCCAUAACACUACAUAACUUCUCACAGGAAUGUGGCUAAAUGGAAGAGUGCUUGCCUGGCACAUAUAAGACCCACGGUUCAAUCCAACACUACUGAUCAUAAUAAUACACUGUUUAGACUGUCUGCUAGCUCUCAUAUAUAUUUAUAUAUAGAGAGGGCAGCAGUCUGUUCCAUUGUAGCAUAAUCUGUGUAAGCAAAGAUUAACUGUAAUCCCAAAAUGAUGUUUACUACCUUAGAGGGAAAUGCCACUUCAUUCCAAUUAGAGUUCACUGUACAGUUCCUAAUACCCACUACCACUGUUUUUGACCAUUCAAUAUCCUAAUUACUAUUAAUUUAUUUAAGAAAUUCACUGCAGCACUUUGCCAAAUAGUAAGAUGUAUUCAGUGUUGCAAAAUAGUGAAUUAUUAAAUUGUUUGUUUGGUUAAAAAAAAUGGCAAAAGUUUUAUGGAAAUUAUUUGCAGUAACUUUUAGUUUCUACCUCUAACAUAGGAAUUAUUUUAAAUUAAUAAUGUACAAAAUAAUCUUGGAUUCAACAAU